AUGACGGGCGUGGUGUCGCCACGAAGGCUACAUGCGAGCGUGAACCUCGGGAGGGUCGCGGAGCUCUGCAAGGAGCGCGGCGUGCGCGUCGAGGGCUUCCUGACCGAGGAGCUGCGCGAGCGCGGGGUGCGCGUUGGCUUCGACGUCGUGGAGCUGGCCGGGGACGGGAGGCGCGUGGCGCUGGCGCGCGUCGGAGGUGGCAGUGGGCCCCGCGUGAGCAAGUACGUGGUGACGGUGGCCGAGUUCGAGUCCCUGGCGCUGCCGAUACUGGACCGGAUCCUGGAUACGCCCCCACGGGACGACGUCGUCUGCAUCAUCGACGAGAUCGGCAAGAUGGAGCUGUUCUCGAGCGAGUUCAUCAGCCGGGUGCGCCGGCUGCUGGAGUCCCCUCCGGUGCCCGUGCUCUUCACGAUCGCGCUGCGCGGCAGCGGCUUCAUCGCCGAGGGCGCGCGGGCGGCCCCGGGGCUCCGCGGCAGGCUGACGCGCAGGACGCGCUGGCAGGCCAAGGAGGUCGGCACGGGCGCGGCCGCGGCCGGCCCGGGCGAGGAGGCACCCGCUGCGGAUGGUGGCGCUGGCGGCCAGGGUGGUUGCGUGCUGGUGUGGCUCCGCAGCGAGCUGCGCCUGGGCGACAGCGGAUUGCUGGAGCGCGCCCUCGAGCUAUGCCGGCACCGCGGGGCCAGCCUGCUGCCCGUGUUCUGCUUCGACCCGGGCGAGUUCGGGAGCUCCUCGCGCAGCGCGUUCGGCAGCCCCAGGGUCGGUGAGGCCCGCCGCUGCUUCGUCGAGGAGGCGGUCGCGGACCUGUCCCAGGCGCUGGCGCGGCGGGGCUCGCGGCUGGUCGUGUGCGAUGCGUCGCCGGAGGCAGUGCUGGCAUCCCUGGCGGGCCCCGCAGACGUGGUGCUGGCCUGUGCAGAGGCGUGCCCGGAGGAGAGGGCCGCGGAGGAGCGGGUCCGCCAGGCGGUGGGGAAUGUCGGCGCAGACCUGGAGCUGAUCGACGGCGGCGGCACCACCACCAUCUUCGGGGCGGAUGACCUGCGCCGCGCCGGGCUGGGCGAGGGCCCGGCGUUUCCCGAGGACUUCAGGGUCUUCUACGACGCCGUCAAGGACAACACCGGCAGUGGACCUCCAGAGGCGUGGGAGUCCCACGCCCGCAAUGGUUCUGACGGGCCCCCAAAGGGCAUUUUGACCGUCUUCUGGGGCAUCCUGUGCGAGCAGGGCGUCCCAGUAACGGGCGUUAUCUCGGAUCGCUGCAACGCGCUGGCGCGCCUCGGCUCGUGGCUGCAAGGCGGGGGGCUGAGGGCCUACAAGGGCACCUUCCGGCGGCUGCUCGGGGACUACUCCUCGCGCCUCUCGGCGCCCCUCGCCCUCGGCUGCCUCUCGCCCCGGCGCCUGUGCGCGGAGGCCCUGGACGCCUCGCCUCGGGGCGGGCCCCACGUGGAGCACUUCGUCUACGAGCUGUGCUGGAGGGACUUCUUCCGCCACGCCGCGCGGAGGUGGGCUGGCAGCCUGUUCCUGCGCGACGGCCCGCUCGGGCAGGCCAGGGGCGCUGCCCGCGAGUGGCGGCGGGACGCCGAGGCGGAGGACAGGUGGCGCAGGGGCGCGCUCGGCGUGCCGCUGGUGGACGCGACGCUGAGGGAGCUGAGGGCGACCGGCUACAUGGGCAACCUGGCCCGGCAGAUCGCGGCGGCCUUCCUCGUGGAGGAGCUGCGGGUGGACUGGCGGGUCGGGGCGGACUGGUUCGAGGCCCUGCUGGUGGACUACGACCCGCACAGCAACUGGGGCCAGUGGGCGCGCUCCGCCGGCGUGGUCCCGACAAACGAGGCGAAGCGGGGGCGCGUGGGCGGGACCCGGUACCUCGACCUCGCGCUCGGCCUGGACGGCGGGGAGGCCUUCCGCUACGUGCGGUCCUGGGUGCCCGAGCUCGCCGCCCUCCCGGACGCCGAGCUCCUCGCGCCCUGGCGCGCGGCGGGCGGCGCGGGACCCCUCCAGCUCAAGCACUGA